CGGACAAUUAAUUCGCGAUGCGAUGAAUCUUUCAUCGAAGCCUUCCGAUCGUCGCCUCUCUGGGUCAGAGUCGACGUGGUUCGCUCAGAGCCCUUGUAUUGCUCCACCAGGGAAGCACGAGGACGUCACCUUCACCUUUCUUCCACUCCCAUCCCCUUCCCAUGAUCCCACCCUGACCGAUGCCCUACUCAUCGGCCGCGCCCGCGCCCAAUUCCAGGCGUAAACGCUUGCCGACGUUCCCAAGCCCACAAAUCAGCAAGGUCGCUUCAAGAAUCGUACUCUCUUGCUGAAAGGUCGUUCUCUGUGUUCGAGCGCGUUUUGGGGCACUGUCUAUUGCGGAAGAUUCAAGUGUUUUAAGUUUUUGGGUUGGAAGGGCAUGAUGUCGAGCGGAGAAGUCAGGAAGGUAUCCCGUCAGGAUAUUCAACUAGUUCAGAAUCUUAUUGAACGAUGCCUGCAACUGUACAUGAACCAGAAAGAAGUAGUUGACACUUUGUCUCUCCAAGCAAAUAUAGAACCUAGUUUCACUGAACUUGUUUGGCAAAAGCUUGAGGAAGAGAAUCAAGAGUUUUUCAAAGCUUAUCAUGUUAGAUUGAUCCUUAAGAACCAAAUAGUGGUUUUCAAUAAGCUUCUUGAGAAACAGGUUGAGCUUAUGCGGAAAGCAUGCCCUCCAGGAGUUGCUGUCUUACCCUUUUCCAAUGGCUCUAAUUCUCUAGCUUAUCAUCAAAAUCCAUCAUGCUAUUUGUCUCAACAUGCAUCCACUUCCUCAAGGCCAGAUUCCAUGCCUUACAAUGAAGAGUUUUCAAAUCCUCUUGUAAAUGCUAGAACCUCAGGGCAACCUGGAAAUUGUUUGGGCAAUGAUCCAUCUAUUCUUUCUGGGCACAUGAAUGCCUCGAAAAAUGUCUUUUCGUCACAUAGAGACAGCAUUGGGAGGAUUUCAGAAAUGGGUGGGAUGACAGUGAAGUCAGAGCCAAUCUAUUCAAAUGAUGAGUUUCCCUUUGGUAAUGAUAGCACUAUCUUGGAACCACAAUCACUAGCAGAUGCUUCAGUUGGAUCUUUUAGUAGCUCAGAGUUGAGUGGACAACAUAUACAUAAUUCUCUCCUUGAUAUGGAUACAUCUUCAUUUGGAUUUAGUCAGAUGCCCAGAAACUUCAGCUUUUUAGAUUUAACUGAUGACUUCAAUCAUUGUGCUGAUAUAUUAGAGAAUUACGCUAGAUCUCCUUAUAUUCCACCUGAUUCAAACGAUUUCUCCAGCUCUCCUCCAUCAAGGGAAUUUAAAGAGGAAGACCCCAAAAGGCUUGACACCAAAUCCGAAGGAGUAAGUUAUGAGGAUUUUGGAAGUGGCUGACUAACGUCAUGUGGCAUCUUCCAAGGUUGAUCAGGCAGGCAUCUGUACGGUUCCAAAUGACAGAUUCUUAUUCUCCAGGCACCAAUGGAUUCUAUUAAAGUUGUCUAGCUCUAAUGCCGCAUGACAGCUGCUAAAUGCUUACUCUUCACUGCUAUUUGAAACAAUUUGCAGACGUUAUUAUGUAGCUAAGAACACCGGCGAUGAAGAGUGCGAGCAACACCUUCAUAUUGUGGCCUGUUGUGAGACCUGGAUGGCGCUGCUUCAUUCCAAUGUACAUAUGUUUUGCCUAUGUUGUUUCUCUAUCCAUCCAUUGCAAUGUGCAAGUUUCUUUGUCUGUAGAAGAACGAGUGAGAAUGCUUGCAUUUUAAUGCCAGUAAAGGCUGGAAUUCCCAUGUUGGCUCA